CCAUAAUUCGUAAAACUGUCAGUUCCAGUCGCUGACACAAGGGAGCCUCAAACCUCAACUUUACGGCUCCUGUACCCAGCCAGACCGCAAAGUCUCCCAAAUCAUCUUACAUCCCUCAAGUAUAAAGUCGACAGCCAAUAAGAGCAAGGUGCGUGUGAUUGAACGAAACGCAUGGGGAAAAAAGGACAGAAGUAGUUUGCGUGACAAAAAGCGCUCCCAGCAUCAAUUUGCACCAAGGACCAGGUGAGGACGAACGACAGACUGGGUCCUGCAUCAUUCGGAAUAUUGACACGUAGGAAUUUUAAUCGCACAGCUGCUGCUUACUCAAAUAUUUACCGUAAUUGCAGUUUGCUUAAAUACCACGGGGGGAAAAAUAGCAACAUAGCAAUGCAAUGUAUUGCACCUGUGCUUCUUCUCCUUAUCGGGUCCCCAACCGGCGCUUUGGGGCACUUCGAAACUUGUCCCCUGAUUUGCGAGUGUUCCGAGUGGAAGAGCCGCACCGUUUCGUGCGUCGACAUAGACGUGCUGCCUGCCUUCCCUCCCAGCACCGAGACGCUUUGGCUGUUGGAGACGAGGUUGACUUCCCUGAAAGAAGAUGCCUUUGCGAACCUAGUCAACAUUUCCCGCAUAUACAUGUCGGUGGACAUGACCCUGGAGAGGCUGGAGAAACAUUCCUUCUACAACCUGAAGAAAGUCACACACAUAGAAAUCCGGAAUGCUAGGAGUCUGACAUGCGUUGAUCCAGAAGCGUUUAAGAGUCUGCCCAGUUUGGAGUACUUGGGGAUUUUCAACACGGGUCUCACCACCAUCCCCGAUCUGAGCAAGAUCCACGCGAACGACAGGAACUUCAUACUUGAAAUUGCUGAUAAUCCCUACAUGGCAGAGAUCCCGGCCAAUGCGUUCCAGGGAAUCACCGGCGACGUGCUGACGGUGAUGCUGUACAACAAUGGAUUCACUGAGGUCCACAGACAUGCCUUCAAUGGGACCAAGCUGGAUGCUGUUUAUCUUCACAGGAACAUGGACUUGAGUCGGAUAGAUGAGAGGGCAUUUGCUGGUGUCCUUGAUGGCCCACUGCUUCUUGACGUCUCCCAGACACGUGUGACCUCCCUGCCGGCGAAGGGCCUCCAGUCCUUGCGGGAGCUCAUGGCCCGGGACACCUGGACCCUGAAGAAGCUGCCUCCCGUCAGGACCUUCCAGCACCUGACCAACGCUGAGCUGACCUACCCCAGCCACUGCUGUGGCCUCAAGGGCCUCAAGAAGCGCAAGGGAUUCCUGGAGUACAUCAUUUGUAACUUAACCGCUUUCUAUGACCAGCACCGCAAGCGGUCGGUGAGCAUGUUCCAGGCCCCCGCGCUGAACAGCGACAGUGAGGUGAACACACUCAGCGAGGAGGCCCCCUUCUGGGGGAACCACGGCCAUUAUGAGCUUGGAGGGAGCCUCCACCACCAUCCCUACUAUGGCGUGCAGGCCGACAGCGAUGUGGGCUUUGGUGAGACGCUGAAGAACCCGCAGGAGGACAGCGGGCAGGACUUCGACAGCCGUUAUGACUACAUUGUCUGCGAGGAAGGCGGGGAAAUCACCUGCGCCCCCAUUCCAGACGAUUUCAACCCCUGCGAGGACAUCAUGGGCUCGGGCUUCCUGCGGGUCACCGUGUGGUUUGUGAGCCUGCUGGCCAUACUGGGAAACCUGCUGGUGCUGCUGGUGCUGCUGACCAGCCACUACAAGCUGUCCGUGCCUCGCUUCCUCAUGUGCAACCUGGCGCUUGCCGACCUCUUCAUGGGCGUCUACCUGCUGCUCAUUGCCUCCGUGGAUCUCCACACGCGCGCCGAGUACUACAACCAUGCCAUCGACUGGCAGACAGGUCCCGGCUGCGGUCUGGCCGGCUUCUUCACUGUAUUCGCCAGCGAGCUGUCGGUGUACACUCUGACAGCCAUCACGCUGGAGCGUUGGCACACCAUCGUCUUCGCCAUGCGGCUGGACCGCAAGCCGCGCCUCUCCCACGCCGUCGCCGCCAUGCUGGCCGGCUGGCUCUUCUGCCUGUUGCUGGCGCUGCUCCCCCUGCUGGGCAUCAGCAGCUACAGCAAAGUCAGCAUCUGCCUGCCCAUGGACGUCCACUCAGGGGGGGCGCGGGCCUACGUGAUCUCCGUCCUGGUCCUCAACAUCGCAGCCUUCGCCAUUAUCUGCAUCUGCUACGCCAGGAUCUACUCGGCAGUGCGGCGUCCGGAAUGCCGGCCUGGCAGCAAGGACACCAACAUCGCCAAACGCAUGGCCAUCCUCAUCUUCACCGACUUCCUGUGCAUGGCACCCAUCUCCUUCUACGCCAUGUCAGCUGUGUUGGACCGGCCGCUCAUCACCGUCUCCGACUCCAAGUUCCUGCUGGUGCUCUUCUACCCGCUCAACUCGUGCGCUAACCCCUUCCUGUACGCCAUCUUCACCAAGGCCUUCCGCGGUGACAUUUUCAUUCUACUCAGCAAGGUGGGCCUCUGCCGGCAUCGGGCCCGGCGAUUUCGGGGCCAGGCCGUGUCCAGCAAGAGCGGAGCUCCGAGUCACGGGACACCGGAGACAAGGAGGAAGGGUGCUAGUGAAAUGUGGUUCCGCCUGCAGCAACGGCCUGGCCGGCAAGCCCCUGACACCUGCUUGGCACCGCUGGGGUAGGAAGCCACGAGCAGCCGCCAGACAUAUUCCUGCUGCCCCAAUCCUACAUCAGUCUGUAACCCAGACACUAUGGCAACACAAAUGCCAGGAGGUUUGUGUGCUUAUUCUUUGAGGCGUGGUAACCACUUCACUCCACUGGAGUGUGUCCUGCCGGCUGCAGUGACACUGCCUUCCUUUGGACUGCUCGGCAGUGAAGGGUCUAUGUUGGUUUUAUUAUCAUGUUUGUAUACAGUGCAAUCACCUCAUUAAAGAAGCAUGUAUAACUGAGAGCCAGAAUUCUACUCUGGAGUACAGGGGUGUGUUUAUGACAGAGCUUACAAACGGUUUGCUCUGACUUUUUAGAUGUUUCCAUGAGAUUAAAGCAAUCUGACCACAGGGCCUGUAAUGUCGUUCUGUUGAGACGAAACUCGGCCAUCGUUCAUGUAAACCGUCCUUCUGGCUGCCAGUGAGCCACUGGCAUUUACGUUGAUCAAUCGAUCAAUUAGCACAUUGAAGUUGAGUCUAAGGCUACGUUCACACUGCAGACCUUAAUGCUCAAUUCUGAUUUUCUGCUCAGAUCGGAUUUUUUGUUUGCCUGUUCACAUUAAGCUUUUUAAUGAUGGUAAUAUCAGAUUUCAGUGUGAACGGUUCACUGUACUGAACUGGCCCACGUGCGACAAAACAACAAAGACGCAGUGACGCGCAAAAACAAAGACGUCACUUUUGAAAACUGCCCGGUUACGAUAUGAGCCUUCCGGUUUUGCCUGAACAGAUUCAUCUCCCCAAAUACUUAUUAAACCCAGCACCUCACUGUCCCUCCACUGGC